ACCUUGCUUCCAGCUCAGGUAGCCACUUCUUAUUUCUACUACUGUUGUGCCAUGGAUCUGUACACUCUGCUCACCAGCGCUCUGUGCACCCUGGCACUGCCAUUGCUGCUCCUUCUCACCGCUGCCAAACUCUGGGAAGUCUACUGCCUGAGGCGCAAAGAUGCCGCCUGCGCUAACCCACUGCCCCCGGGCACCAUGGGACUGCCCUUCUUCGGAGAGACUCUGCAAAUGGUGCUACAGAGGCGCAGGUUCCUCCAAGUGAAGCGAAGCCAAUACGGUCGCAUCUACAAGACGCAUCUGUUCGGCAGCCCCACGGUGCGCGUUACGGGCGCGGAGAACGUUCGACAGAUCCUGAUGGGGGAACACAAGCUGGUGUCGGUGCACUGGCCGGCCUCUGUGCGCACCAUCCUAGGGGCCGGCUGUCUGUCCAACCUGCACGACAACGAGCACAAGUACACCAAGAAGGUGAUCGCGCAAGCCUUCUCCCGGGAAGCCCUCGCUAAUUACGUGCCGCAGAUGGAAGAAGAGGUGAGAUGCUCCGUGAACCUGUGGCUGCAGAGCGGCCCCUGUGUGCUGGUGUAUCCCGCCAUCAAACGAAUGAUGUUCCGCAUUGCCAUGAGGCUCCUGCUCGGCUGUGAUCCCCAACGCAUGGACCGCGAACAGGAGGAAACGCUGCUCGAAGCCUUCGAGGAAAUGAGCCGAAAUCUUUUCUCUUUGCCUAUUGAUGUGCCGUUUAGCGGCCUCUACCGGGGUCUGCGGGCCAGAAACCUAAUUCAUGCCCAAAUUGAGGAAAACAUCAAGGAAAAGCUGCAAAGAGAACCAGAUGAACAUUGCAAGGAUGCCCUGCAGCUGCUGAUUGACUAUAGCCGCAGGAAUGGCGAGCCCAUCAACUUGCAGGCAUUGAAAGAGUCCGCAACUGAGCUCUUGUUUGGAGGCCACGGAACCACGGCAAGUGCUGCCACGUCCCUCACCUCUUUUCUUGCGCUUCACAAAGACGUUCUGGAAAAGGUCCGCAAGGAGCUUGAAACACAGGGUCUCUUGUCCACUAAACCCGAGGAAAAGAAGGAACUGAGCAUCGAAGUACUUCAACAGUUAAAGUAUACUAGCUGUGUCAUUAAGGAGACUCUGCGGCUCAGCCCACCAGUGGCCGGUGGAUUUCGCGUGGCUCUCAAGACGUUUGUAUUAAAUGGCUAUCAGAUUCCCAAGGGCUGGAAUGUUAUAUACAGCAUUGCUGACACCCACGGUGAGGCCGAUCUGUUUCCCGACACGGACAAAUUCAACCCUGACCGCUUUCUAACGCCACUUCCCAGAGAUUCCUCAAGGUUUGGCUUCAUCCCUUUCGGAGGUGGAGUGAGGUGCUGCAUCGGCAAAGAAUUUGCUAAAAUCCUUCUCAAGGUGUUCGUGGUGGAAUUGUGUCGUAAUUGCGACUGGGAGCUCCUGAACGGAUCCCCCGCCAUGACAACCUCCCCGAUUAUCUGUCCUGUGGACAACCUACCCGCUAAAUUCAAACCCUUCUCCAGCUCUAUUUAAGCAAUAGAUUCUGUGUGUAAACCUACUUACAUAGCAUCUUAAAGUUGUACAUAGUGGCUUUUGUAACUGGUUUUAUAUUUAAUUUGUACAGUGUUGCAGUUAUUUAUUCUUUUUUUGUUUUUCUCACUGAAUUGAAGCACUAUUUGCGCUCUUGCCCGUGGUGUCUGGGAUUUGCAUCAUUGGACAUGUUUUAUCGCAUCUCUGUAAAUGUUCCUGUAAAUAUGGUUUUAUUUUGUUUGCUCUAAUAAAGUAUUAACAGAAUGUAAAAA